AUGAAGAACGACGAAUUCAGGAAGCUGGUGACGGCCGCACGACAGGAUGACGGCUCACCACCGCAACAGUCAAUGGCCCAACGUGCGCUCGGUGGGAAGAAGUCUAGCUUUGCUGGCAUGACACCGCGGCCGGGCAAAGCUGUGAGCAACGCAGACUUCGCACGACAGAUCAGAGAGCGUCACGCUUCCCUACAGCCCGCCAAAAAAUUCAAAUCGUCAGCUCCCAAGGGCAGCAAGUUUGCGGCAGGAUAUACGGACCGUGCGAAGGCGCGUCAAGAGGCAGAGGAAGAAGAGGACGACAAAGCGAAGCGGAUCAGUGCUUUGGAAGAACAGGUGAAACUAGGCCAGCUGUCACAAGAGACGUUCGAAGCUCUUCGCGACCAGAUCCUUGGUGGCGAUGCGUCAAGCACACAUUUGGUGAAGGGAUUGGACAGGAAAUUACUGGAGAGGGUGAGACGAGGCGAAGAUGUUCUUGGGCUUGGAGCAGGCAAAGAUGGGACUGCGCCGCCAGACGUGGAUGAAGAACUUGAUAAAUUGGAAGAAAAAGACGUGGAGGCUGUCGCACGAGAGAAGACUGAGAAGAAGGGCACGAAAGCAUCUCAAACUGCUGGGGUGAAGCGGACAAGAGACGAAAUCAUGGCCGACCUCAAGGCGCAACGUAAAGCCGCAGCAGAGGCGAAAGCUGCGGCGGCACCUGCUUUCGAUAGCAGGUGGCGGAGAAUAGGUGAUCCUGCGAAGCCAAAGAUCGAAAUCGACGCCAAAGGAAGGGAAGUGCUCAUCAGUGUCGAUGAAAAUGGGGUUGUAAAGAAGAAGAUUCGAAAAGUUGCGGCAGACUCGGUGCCAGACUCCAAAACUUCCGCUGAUAUACCAGAUGCGAGUAAGCCAGUUCUUGGAGCCGAUGUGGCUGUUCCAGAACAACCGAUCCAGCAACCAGAAUCGGAAGACGAUGAUGAUAUCUUUGAAGGCGCAGGCACCGAGUAUAAUCCCUUGGGUGACGUGGAAGAUGACAGCGAUGACGAUGAGACUGACGAGGAUGUGGACGAGAAGAGCCCAAAGAAUCGAGCUGAGCCUUCCCGUGGCGAAAACUACGAAACCGGGCAGGUAGAAAAGAAGCCAGAGCCUGAUGCAAAUACUGGACCACCAUCAGCUCCGGCGCAACGAAACUAUUUCAAAGUCGCUGCGAACGAUUCAAAGGACGCCGAACAAGACAGAUUCAAGGGCAUAGAGAAUGUCCUCAAAAAAGCGGCUCAGAUUGGAGCAAAAGGCACGAAUGAGAAUGACGAUGAUUCUAUGUCGAAAGCAGAACGCGAAGCACGUGCAGCCAAACACGCAAAAAUGCUGGCCCAGCAAGAUCGUGACCUCGAGGAUAUGGACAUGGGUUUCGGAUCUAGUCGCUUUGAAGAUGAAGAGGGUGCGGCGGAUAAGAAGACACGCCUUUCAAAAUGGAAGAACAACACCACCGCUGAUGACGACGGCUGGGACGAGGAUGAAAACGAAGGCGAGGCAAAGAAAAAGCGCAAAGGAAAGAAACGAAAGGGAGACGCCAACAACGUCGACGAUAUUAUGAAAGUCAUUGAAGGACGCAAGGCAGCAGCAGGGAGCAAAUGA